UGGAAUCUCAACUUGUUUAGUGGACUUGCUCAGCACCUCCACCAGAAUCGUGUGUUGCCACCCAAGGCACUCCCAACCAAAACGGAUAACAGGAGCCAAACAGAUCCAUCCAGCUAAAACUCAGCCACAAUAGGGAACAAGGCGCCGAACGGGCGGUCCACCGGAUCGCCGAACGAGUCCGGCACCGCCGUCGACAGUGUCAAACCAUUGGCAGGGCCCUGCCCCAACGACCUCACCAACUCUCACCCCUUGAAACAGGUUCAGUCAAAGAGUGGAGGCGGCCGGCCGAAACCUCAGUCGGUCGAAAAGAAGAGCUACGUCGCCUAUGCGGCGGGAGGAACGACGGAUCGCCAGCAGCCGCAGCAUCCGCCGAGCCGCCGCAGCUGGUCGACGGCCAUCGUCAUGGGCUGCUUCGGCCGCAGUUCCUCCAAGUCGGAUGCGGAGGAAAGCAAGCGGCGCAAGGAGGCCAACAAGAAGAUCAACCAGCAAAUACAAAAGGAUAAACAAGUCUACAGGGCCACGCACAGGCUCCUGCUGCUCGGAGCCGGUGAGUCGGGCAAGAGCACCAUAGUCAAACAGAUGAGAAUUCUCCACGUUGACGGAUUCAGCGAAGAGGAGAAGAUCCAAAAGAUUGAAGACAUCAAAAAGAAUAUUCGUGAUGCCAUCCUGACAAUAACGGGAGCCAUGAGCACGCUGACGCCACCCGUCUCGUUGGAGAAUCCUGCCAAUCAGUUUAGAGUCGAUUACAUUCAAGACGUUGCCUCGCAGCCGGAUUUUGAUUAUCCACCUGAAUUUUAUGAUUAUACGGAGGUCCUAUGGCAAGACAGGGGCGUCCAAGCAUGCUACGAGCGCUCUAACGAGUACCAGCUUAUCGAUUGUGCCAAAUAUUUUCUGGAUCGAGUGCACAUCGUCAAGCGGUCCGAUUAUACGCCUACCGAACAGGACAUUCUACGUUGUCGUGUCCUGACUUCCGGUAUUUUCGAGACUAGGUUCCAAGUCGACAAAGUCAACUUUCAUAUGUUUGACGUGGGAGGUCAGAGAGACGAACGACGCAAAUGGAUCCAGUGCUUCAAUGACGUCACGGCCAUCAUCUUCGUAACGGCGUGCUCGUCGUAUAACAUGGUCCUGCGCGAAGAUCCCAGUCAGAACCGACUGCGCGAAUCCCUUGACCUCUUCAAAUCCAUUUGGAAUAACCGGUGGCUCAGAACGAUAUCGGUUAUUCUCUUUCUCAACAAACAGGCACGAAAAAACUUUUCUAUAUCAGCAGUUCAUUCAUGGCCAAUAAUGAUCUUUUAAUUUAUGCAGGAUUUACUGGCGGAGAAAGUACGAGCCGGCAAGUCUCGCCUGGACGAAUAUUUUCCCGAUUUUUCACGUUACGUCACCCCGCCAGAUGCCGCUACCGAACCCGGAGAAGAUGCAGAGGUGGUAAGGGCCAAGUAUUUCAUUCGGGACGAGUUCCUCCGCAUCUCUACGGCAUCUGGUGACGGGAAGCACUAUUGCUAUCCCCAUUUCACCUGCGCCGUGGACACGGAGAACAUUCGGCGUGUCUUUAACGACUGCCGUGACAUCAUCCAACGGAUGCACCUUCGCCAGUAUGAGCUCCUCUGAAAAAUGAAGG